AUGUCUCAAGAACAAUUGACAGAAGCGAUGCGAGAGUUCGACCGCCUCAUCGGGAGGAUGGAAGAAAAUCUCCAGAUGAGGAACAAGUUGAUGACGCAACAGAACGAGAAUGAAGGAGUUGCGAAGGAACUAGCUCAGCUUCAGGAGGACUCCGUUCUGUAUAAAAUAGUGGGACCUGUGCUUGUCAGACAGAACAAGGACGACGCGACAGCGACGGUGAACAAGAGACUCGACUAUAUUCGGGGAGAGUUGCAACGAUGUGACAAGCUUGACUCGGAUAUGAAGGCGCAGCUUAAAGAGUCCACGCAACGAAUUGAGACCCUUCAAAAGAAGUUAUUGGACCGGGAGAAACAGAAGAGCGGCAGGAUUUAG